GUCAAGCGGGCGCGAGCCGGGCCGUGGAGUAACUUCCGCUUCCGGUGCCCUUGUUUCGUACGUUGCGGACGAGGCGGUGAACGGAGCAGCGGCCAAGAUGCUGCGAAACCUUCUGGCUCUUCGACAGAUUUCCCAAAAAGCCAUAAGCACUGCCCCUCGCAGGCAGAUCACAAACAGGGUUCCAGAGUACCAGAAACUUUUCCAGGAAGAUAAUGGCCUUCCAGUAUACCUAAAAGGUGGAUUGAUGGAUACAAUUCUGUAUCGGAUAACCAUGAGCCUGUCUAUAGUUGGGACAGGCUACGCCCUUUAUGUGCUCUUCAUGGCUGCUAUGCCGAAGAAAAACAAAUGACUUCAUUUUACAGGAUGCAUCUUGAAGUAGCAUCUCUCCGUCCCAUUCCAUUACACUCUUCAGGGACCUACUUUGUCCUUGUCCUAAAUGACUAUGUGUUUGGGAUCAAUAUUUAUUGAGUUGAAAUGUUCUAUUCUGCAGCCAAUAAAGUAGUUCUUCAUUUC